AUGUUUCGGCCUGGCAGGACGGAGUUAGCGAAACAAGACGAGAAGAGCUCAGUUCUCUCUCCGAGGGCACUUACAGGCGUCAAUCUCGGUUGGAGCGACGAGAACCCCGGCUGGUUAGUGGGCUGCUUUCCCGAUCCAGCGUCAGAAAGAUUUCCUGUGUAUCAGUGCAGCAGCGUCGUGCUCUUGGAGGAGAUUCUGGCGCCAAACGUGAAACAGCUGCGCAGUAACAGCACUGCGGCCCUA